CACACGCACAGUUCCCAGGUGGGAGCUGUGGAAGGAAGCAGGAGGAGGGGGUUCAAAGAUCCAUGAUCUGUCUGUCUCCUUCCUUCUUCAGCCAUGUUUAUCACUGUGAUGUUUGGAGCUGGUUGUCAGGUGCUGGUGAACACCUGGUGCAGCCUUGUGACCUUCAUUAUGCAUCUGAAACAGAAAGUUCAGGUCCCCCCAGAAGUAACCAUUGCUCUUCUGGCUGAAGACGGGCAUCUGGUGAGGCUGGAAGAGGGGAUCGCCCAGGCCCCCUCCAUGGCCUGUUCCCUGCUACAGGAGCAAGGGACCUAUGUCCUGGUACAGAUCACUGGAGGGAAAGAUGGCACUCCCACCCACUACGAGUCCCUACUGGACAACCUAGAUGACCACUGUCCCGAGUUAGCAGAGGAGCUGUGUUGGCUGUCCGGCUUUCCAGCCACAAGCAACAGUCAUCGAAGACGCCCAGGCAUUCGGCGUGGCCACCGGGAACAAGGCCCCCCUUCAAGGUCUCGAAGGCUGGUCUCCCUACCAUCUAGAAACCGCUAG